AGGCACUCGUUUGGCAUGGGAUGGCGAGGCAGGGAUGGAAGGAGGGAGAGCGAGGAGAACGACAAGCACAGCGGGGCCGACGACAAGGAAGAGGAAGAGGAGGAGAUGUGCGGACCAGGUCGUCACGCCCACCAGCGCGCCAAUCGCAGCGGGGAUGCCUCCAUUAUCCAACCCCACCACUACCGCACCUCCUCCCCCGCGCUGCUCAUCAAAUUCCACUUGGUGCUCCCCCCUGCUUCCAAGUUUCCCCCUCCCCUCUCCUGCAUCGUUUGCAUCCCCCCGCUCGCCACUCACUACUCCUCUCUCCUCCCCGCCUUCGCCUCUCCCAGAAAUUCAGGUCUCGCGGUGUCGAAGAUGGAGACUCUUGCGAUGGGAGCUUCCGUCUCGGCCAGCGGGCUGUGUGCUAGGGCGACCGCGCAGACGUCCCAGACGUCCCGGGCCGCUCUGGCUUCGGCCUUCUCGGGUAAGAGCCUGAGAGCGCUGAAGUCGAACGUGAGCUUGACGUUGGCGUCGCAGAGGCCCCGGCAGUUGCGUGUGGUGGCUGAGGCGCAGAAGGAGACGCUGAGCAAGACCGCGCAGCUUCCCGAGGACGAUGGCACGAGCGACGUGCAGAGGCCGGCGACGAAGGGGUCGGACAGGAAGAUGUCAAUCAAGGAUAUUGACUCGAAGGAGUACAAGGGCAAGACGGUGUUCGUGAGAGCAGAUUUGAACGUGCCGCUGAACGACCAGCUGGAGAUUACGGACGACACGCGUAUCCGCGCGUCCCUGCCGACGAUCCAGUACUUGACGAAGGCCGGCGCGAAGGUGGUGUUGGCGAGCCAUUUGGGGCGGCCGAAGAAGGGACCGGAGGAGAGAUUCAGUCUGAAGCCCGUAGCAGGGAGGUUGACUGAGCUGCUGGGGCAGACCGUGGAGCUGGCGCCAGACUGCAUCGGCGACGAAGUGAAGUCGAAAAUUGCUGGAUUGAAGGAGGGAGACGUGUUGCUGUUGGAGAACGUGCGGUUUUACAAGGAGGAGGAGAAGAAUGACAUCGAGUUUUCGAAGAAAUUGUCAGAGAACAUCGACUUCUUCGUGCUGGAUGCUUUCGGCACUGCCCACAGGGCGCAUGCAUCGACGGCCGGGAUCGCGGACUACGUGACGUCUCGAUUGGCUGGUUUGUUGCUGGAGAAGGAGCUGGAAUACCUGUCGGGCGUGGUGCAGAAGCCAACGAAGCCGUUCGUGGCCAUUGUGGGAGGAAGCAAGAUCUCGUCGAAGAUUACGGUGAUCGAGUCGUUGAUGAACGUGUGCGACAAGGUGAUACUGGGAGGAGGCAUGAUCUUCACGUUCUUCAGGGCGGAGGGCAAGAGUGUGGGGUCGUCACUGGUGGAGGAGGACAAGAUCGAGCUGGCGAAGAACUUGGCGGAGUUAGCGAAGAAGAAGGGCGUGGAGCUGAUCCUGCCGGUGGACGUGAUCGCAGCGGACAAGUUCGCUCCGGACGCGAAUGUGCAGACGUGCAGCGCGUCGUCGAUUCCGGAUGGGUGGAUGGGACUCGACAUCGGCCCGGAUGCGAUCAAGCAGUUCCAGGAAGCGUUGUCGGAUGCCAAGACGGUGCUAUGGAACGGGCCGAUGGGAGUGUUCGAAUUCGAGCAGUUUGCGAAGGGGACAUUCGCAGUGGCGGAGACGAUGGCGGAGCUGACGUCGAAGGGGGCGAUCACGGUGGUGGGAGGAGGAGACUCCGUGGCGGCGGUGGAGAAGGCAGGAUUGGCAGACAAGAUGAGUCACGUGUCGACGGGAGGAGGAGCGAGUUUGGAGCUGUUGGAAGGCAAGGUGCUGCCGGGAGUGGCAGCGCUGGAUGAUGUGCGCAUCCACGCGUAAAUCUGGCGAGCUGUUGUAGGAGGCAAGGCGGAGGGAGGAGUCGCUAGAGGGCGGGACUGUAUGAAUGGCAGUAGCAAUCCUUGUACACUUUUUGAUCUCUGUACGCACGGUAGUGGGUAGUUGUGGCUUCGUGGGAACAUGGGAUGAUGUUAGGGCGGGAGUCAAAGUGCUCCGUGCGCAUGCAAGCAUCGAAGCCAGCUCUCGUGGAUGGGAGCCUGUGAACAUUUGUCAAUUUUCAUCGUGAAUGGUAGUAGGAAUUUGGUGCGUUUCAAGGACA